GGCCUCAUGGCGAGCUCCACAGCUCCUAACUGUAGGAGCUCGGUGAAUCUCAGUGUCAUGCCUCUUUCUCCUCCCUGGGUCCUCUGAUCAUCUAACUCUCGCUCUCUGGAUAACAUUUGACUUCCCUUUUGAUUGGAAUUCUGUUUUUUCACCAGACGGACAAGGCUAUUAUUAAUGGUUAUUGAUUUUCCAAGAGUUAGAAGAAUGGCCUGUAGACCGAAAGAUGCUUUCUCUUUCAAAGACCCUGAACUUCCUGCCCACCUGCUCACCCAGCUCAAUGUCCUCCGGCAGGACCGUAUCCUGACAGACGUCCUGCUUUGCACUGAGCAGCAGGAGAUCCCCUGCCACAGGAACGUCCUGGUUUCCAGCAGUCCAUACUUCCGUGCCAUGUUCUGCAACAACUUCCUGGAGAGCAGCCAGGCUCGUGUGAAUCUGAAGGGAAUCUCCUCAGAUGUCCUCAGUGGCAUUGUGGACUAUGUCUACACAGGCUGCAUCACUAUCACCAUGGAGAUUGUGCUUCCUCUCAUGCAGGCUGCAUCCAUGCUCCACUAUGGAUGUGUCUUUGAGGCCUGUUCCCUGUUCCUGCAGGAACAGCUCAGUCCAGAAAACUGUCUGAGCAUGAUUCGGCUUUCUGAGAUCCUUCACUGUGACAGUCUGAAGGAGAGGGCAAAGGAGAUGGCUGUGAGAUGUUUUUCUGACGUUGCUGCUACAGAGGACUUCUGUGAACUGUCUCUUCCUGAGCUCAUGUGUUACUUAGAAGAUGACCGGCUUUGCGCUGAGGAGGAGCAAGUGUUCGAGACUCUGCUGGCUUGGAUCCACCAUGACCCAUUCUCACGGCGUGGAGCAAUCCACGACCUGUUCAAGAAAGUCCGUCUCCGUUAUAUCCAUCCAACAUACCUCUUCCAGUUUAUCGCCAAUGACCCUCUUGUGCAGUCUUCCACCCUCUGCACUGAGAUCAUCGAGUCAGUGCGGCGCCUCAUGCUCUCUGUCAGCACCAAGUGCAGCCGAGAGCUCAAGCCACUGUGGACCACACCGAGACGCUACACCUGCAGAGAAACUCUUGUGGUAGUCGGAGGAAGAAAAAACAAUGAACAGACCUCACGGGAAGCCUUGCUAUAUGAUGAAAGGACGCAUCGAUGGCAGUGGCUGGCGAAGCUCCCUCUACGCCUCUAUAAAGCUGCUUAUGUCUGUAUUCAUAGCAUCCUUUAUGUUCUCGGUGGGCUCAGCCUCUGCAUGUCAUCAGGGGACAGUUCAGUCAGUGCCACAGUUUAUACCCUCUCAUUGAAGACUAACCAGUGGCGGACCGCUGAACCCAUGCUGCAGCCACGAUAUGCCCACCAAAGUGUGUCCUAUCUGCACUUUAUUUUUGUGUUAGGAGGCAUUGGGAUAGACAAGCGGAUCUCUCAGUCAGUAGAGCGGUAUAAUAGCAUGUUUAAUCAGUGGGAGGCCAUGGCACCAAUGCCCACAGCUGUGCUGCAUCCAGCAGUAGCAGCAAGUGAUCAGAGAAUCUAUGUUUUUGGAGGGGAGGAUGCCAUGCAGAACCCUGUCAGACUGAUUCAGGUGUAUCACAUCUCUCGCAACUUGUGGUCCAGGCUUGAGACAAGGACUGUGAAAAAUGUUUGUGCUCCUGCUGCCGUCAUAGAGGAUAAGAUCUACAUUGUGGGAGGUUACACCCGACGCAUGAUAGCCUACGACACCAAAGCCAACAAAUUUGUCAAGUGUGAGAAUCUGAAGGAACGCCGGAUGCACCACAGUGCCACAGUGAUCAACAACAAGCUCUACGUCACAGGUGGACGCAUCCUUAACGGUCAUGACGUUAUCGAGGACUCAGACUGCUUCGAAUGUUAUGACCCAAAGACAGACGUGUGGACAUCCAAAGGCUCUCUGCCAUACAAGCUGUUUGACCACGGAUCCCUACCACUAGUCUGCGUUUCCAACAGACCCAACCCUCCUUGAAAAACACCGUCCAUUCACCCACUGGGUCGAGUGCUUUUGCGGCAUGUUCCUCACUUUCCCUUUGCCGUGAUUUAUUAGCCUCUAACGACACAAAUGGGAAACCACUUGAGAGUGACUGCAUUCCCUCACGCAUCUCAGCUUCUGCUACAACUUAGUGGCAUGUUAGGCCAGAUGGGCAUCCACACAAAUCAAAGGGGAGCUCAGCUGACAUGCAGAGGUGUCAUUUCUAAAGCACAUGGGGUGAACUGAACUGAAAACCCGAGAUAACGAGAGUCAGACUUACUCACACAACAAGCAGCUGUUCAGACACAUGUAAUCCAAAAAAAUCCUUCCAGGGGUAACUACACUCUUGUCUCAAAAUAAAACUUUUAAUUUCUCUAAUACUUCUACACAUUGUAUAUGGAUGGCAGCUGCAAGUCUUUUCUCUAAUAAUUUCAACAAAGGGGUUAUGUGUCUCUUUAUGUUGUUUUGACUGCAACCAGAAAGUUGAUACAUUUGCACUUCAUAGAAAAUACAUUCCUCCUUGACCCACAUUCAUCUAUCAAAGCGCACUUUCUGAUGAUACCCGUUGAGACAGAUCACGGACAAGCUCCCCCUGGCAAAAGUACUGUCACUGCAGCUUCUGUCACGUUUUGUUUGUUGCAGAGAAGAACAAUUUUAAAUGAAACUAUAUGAUCUGGGCCAAUGAUAUUCCACUUUAGCUUGGUUAAUGACUUGAUGAAUUAUUUCCACAGCUCCCACUACUGCAUGUCCUGUAGAUUUUGCACCUGCAAGGUACAGAAGGUUUAAAGACAUUUUGAGAUAAAUCGAGGCUUUGUAUAUUUGCCUCUUCCACAUACAACUCUUAUAAGAAACUGGAGUUAACUUUGCAGGCAGCUGAUGUAUGUUGAUGUAUGUGUGAAAAUGUGAUAUUUCUGUCUUUGAGGUAGUGACUUGCAACUGGAAAUCCAUGAACAGGAAUCGUCAGUUUUUAAGUUUUUGCAUCCAAUACAACAGUAGGCUCAACUAUGAAGAAAAAACAACCCAGAUCCAAGAAACUUCCCAAUAUUGUGUAGAAUCCUCACCGAUUUAGCUACAGUCAUGCACAGCAACCAUGGCAACCACUGACCUUUGAGGUCAGUGGUUGCUCUGAAGAAAACAAGAUCCUGUUGAUUUUAGAUUUUUUACUAAAUACAAAUCCCAUUUACAGAAAAUUACUGACAUUUUGAAAAAUGUAAUACACACCACUGGAAUAUGUUAUUUCUUAAUUCAGUUGAGCCUGUAUUACUUGUUAGUUAAAUUAGUAUUAAAUAUAAAUAAAUUUAGAUUGAUGCAUGCAGAACACUCCAAACAAGUUGGAACAGAAACACAAUGAAAAGUUUAUUAAAUAUACUGUAUAGGCAUCACUAUGGUGUCAAAUUCCAGAAAAGUCCAGGUUUAAGAGGAUUUUUCAGGAAAUACAGAUGUCAUGUUCCGUGUAUUAAAUAUGGAGGGAAAAAAGAGUUUAUCAAUGAAAGGUGCAAAAGCAGCAUCUGUGAUGGUCUGGGGCUGCAUCAGUGUCCACAUGGCUGACAAAUCUACAUUGUUUAAGUUUACAAAAUUGACAAUUAAAUAGGUCAGUGAAUAAAAUAAAAAUCUUUUCUUUGGUUCAAAUAAAUUAAUGGGUCACAGAUUACAGUUCCUAUUGUAUUUUAGAAAAUGGCAGAAUUUUUCUGGAAGUGAAAUUUGGAAUAGUUUGAUGCAAAAAUUAACAUUAUUUUUAUAAGAAGCCUUUUGCAAGUGUCACUGUUGUCAAACUACGAGCAGCCUGCCCUCAUUCAUGAAUCUGAAGAUGGUGAUGGCGUAACAGAACUGAAAUUCAUUCAUGUAUCAGAGGAAAACAAGUAUCAAAUGUCACAAUGCUCUAACACGGAGGCUUUACUCUUCCAAACACUAGUAGCUGCUACACUCUUCAGUCUAUACUAUGGCAACCCUCUUGACCCUUAUGGAGCACCUCAUUCACAGUGCUCAGCCAGUUUCUGGCCAUGGUAACAAUUGCCAUGGCAACCCAGUUAUUACCCCGUUGAAUCAUCCAUGCUGUGCAUCCCUGUAGGGCUCUAUUGAAGAUUACAUCAAUGUUGUUGAAUGUGUUGAUGGUACUUGCACAACUCAGAAACUCUUAUUUUUUAAUAUAUUGUUCAACUUAAUGUAAUUGCAUUUUGGAUAUGAAUUCUGUGUGACUUUUUUAUGUAUUUAUGUGUGGAAAAAUGCCAUUUCUAAUUUAAUGCCUUAAAUCUAUCUACACAAAUACAAAUGUGUGAAAA